AUGAAGCCGUUUGCCGCUCUCACCUUCCUGGUGGCUCUCGCCACCGCCUCUCCCCUGGGUGUCACCCCUAGGGAGUCGGGCUCGCUCGAGAAGCGCGACACCGAGAUCAUCUAUCUCACCAACUGCAGGAACCUUGUCUCCUGCUGCACGCCGGAAGGGCACUCCUCCCACAUUGCCUACUACCCCGUCAGCGGGCAGUCCCAGAACGGCGAGGAGCCCGCCUCCAACGACGAAUGCACAGUCGACAGCAGCAACUACACCUGGUGGGAGCAGGACGGCAAGCAGUGCACCUUCCCGACCGGCGUGACCUUCACCACCCACAUCGACUCGGAUGCUCAGAGCCGCCCGCUGUACUCGUGGUCCGGCUGGGGCACCAACGGCUACAAGAACUUCAACUGCUAUCGCGAUAACGGCCGCAAGCUGUACGAGCGGAGCGGUCCCGAGUGGGCUUACAUUUGCAACGUCGUUUAUUACUGUGUUCCUCAUCAGACUAAGUACGGAAGUUUACAAAAUGGUAGCCGAGGCUUUGUACGCGGGCCAAACCCGACCUCAUCGUCGCUCAUGGCAGCUUUGCAAAUACGUCCUCCCCUUGCCUCGCGCCAACUCGCAUCCACCCGUUUCAACGUUGCCGCCAUGUCCACCAUCUCCGACGUCAUCACCAAGGACCACCGAGAAAUCGAGCGGUGCUACAACGAAGUCAUUGGCUCCAAGGACCAUGAUCACCAGGAACGCUUCGGCAACCAGUUCACCUGGGAGCUAGCUCGUCACAGCGUAGCCGAGGAACUGCUCGUCUACCCCGCCUUCGAGAAGCACAUGUGUAGGGAAUACCAGGUAUCGCGAUAG